AUGGAGGAAGAUAGCCAUAUAAAUGAAUUGACACUCUCACAACUAUCCUCUACGCAACUCCAAUCAAUCGAUAACCCGUUUAAAAAAAUAAUACAAUUCAUCAAGUUUCAUUUUGUACAAAAUCCCUUCGAAUCGUUUGUACUUCAAAAUGAAGCCAACGAUUGUUCAUUGAUUGCCAAAUUUCAGAAAACUGUAGAUAUUGAUUUAUCGAAUACGCCUGAACUCUCUAUUUCAAGCUUGAGCCUCAAUGCAGUCCAUAUCCCACACCCACUAGAGACAUAUUUGUUGAAAAACCAUUCAGAUAAGGACGACGAAGUCAGAAAAGAUCUACAGGAUACCCCCAUAGUGCUAUUUAUUCAUGGUUUGGGUGGGCAAAUUUCACAGUUUGAGCCACUAAUGGCUUUAUUCUCCCAGUGUCUGGAAAUUUGGGGCGUUGAUUUACCAGGGUUUGGUAACUCAAGGUCUGAUUUUAAAGGCUCAAUUGGUAAGUCAAUUACUGAAUUAUCAGAGGAGGAUUCUCGCAAGAUUUCUACUAGUGUGAAUUCAAUGGCAUGGGAUGACUUCAAAACUGAUAAUAUUGUAGAAAUCUUAUAUACUUGGAUAAGCCAGUAUAUACCUAAGGGGAAAAAAUUGGUGAUAAUUGGGCACUCCAUGGGCACUCAUUUGACUAUCAAGUUGGUGAAAAGGUUGGAUCAAGAUAAAGUAGAGGCCAUAGUUCUCUUGUCGCCCCCUGCUUUGUCUUCUAGCACAGGUACCGUUGUUAGUAAACCUCCUUCUGUACUCAAGUUUUUUUCGUAUGUUCCAUCGAUUUUUAAUUCAUUCAGAAUUUGGGAUAGAUUACCGGGGUUCGAGAGUAAGCUGGUGCUCCGUCAAUUAAUACCAGAGACAAAUAUAUUCAAUAAAUUGAGACAAUUAAGAUGGAAUUUGGAUGUUAAUUCUAGCAUUGUCCUAAAGUAUGUGAACAAUUUCCAAAAAGCUUCAAAUCUGGAACUUCUAACUACUGUAUCUAAAAUUCACCACGAUGAUGAAAGUGAACAAAGCGAUAACUUUCGAAAGGUUUUGAUUGUUGGUGGUACAAACGAUGUGAUGACUCCUCCGAAGGCUAUCUUUGAUAUGGAGUCCUUAGUCAAUUCCAAUUUCGAUAAACCACUUGCCAAGGCAAUCGAGAUUAAAGAUGUGGGACAUUCAAUAUUAUUAUCUAAGCCCGAAUUUACAAGUGGUACAGUUAUAAAUUUCAUCGAACAAAAUUGUCCAGAGAGGUUACACCUUUCGCCAGCAUGGGUGUUGAGAGUUAAGGCUGAUAUCUCGGGUGAUAAAUGGGGCUUGAAGAAUGAAAUGAAAUGGAUGGCAUUACAGCCCAUAUCAACUAAUAUUGUAAGGAAGAAUGGUAAGGAUGUGGCACCGCUCUUAGGAAUGAAAACCUUAAGAGAAGGUGAUCUGAAUCAUCUGCCUAAAAUAUUAGAAUCCAUUUUCUACGAUGAAUCUGGUAAUCCAAAGCAUUCUUCUUUCAAUGGGCAGUUGAUAGCUGUAAUUGAUAUAUCUCAUGAUAUCCCUCCGUAUAGUCCCAACACUUUCAAGUUUGUAAAAUAUUACAAAUGUGCGACCGUUUCGAAAGUAGUACCGGACCUGGGAUCUAUUCGAAGGUUCAUUCGACUUAUUGAUGAUAUUUUGGAAUCUACCGAUAUCGAAGACCCCCUCAUUGUGGUGCAUUGCCACUAUGGGUUUAAUAGAACAGGAUUUUUAAUAUGCUGCUAUUUGAUUGAAAAACUCGGCUGGUCCGUGCAAGAGGCAGUAGAUGGGUACAAAAUGGCAAAGGCACCUGGGAUAAAACACCCACAUUUUAUUGAUGCACUUUACGUAAGAUAUGAAUCUUAA